AUGCAUUCUAAUAAAGAAAUCAGUAAAAAGUUUAAUGGUUGGAUUUAUUUUGAGUAUGUCUGUGUUGCGAUUAUUGUUUUGGUUGAAUUGAGUGCUUCAUUACCACCCUCUUCUUCGCAACCCCCACAAAAAUUCAAGAGAAAUUUACUAUCUUCCCAUGCCGAUCAUACACCAUCACCAUCACCAUCACCAACUGAAUCACCAUACUGUUCACCUAUCCAACCUCAAUCAUUUGAUAAUGCUCCUAAUAAUGAACGAAAUUUACAUCAUGUUCACUCAUCGGAUGAAAAUCAUCAAGAUGAAUCUCUUACUCAAGAAGGUGAACCUGUCACUCAAGAAGGGCUCUUGAAAAUAGAGCCUUUCGGCAAUGAGUUUAAUCCAUGUACUGCUGUUCGUCAUGUAACAAAUGCCAUCAAAAGCAAAUUUUCAGAAUUCUGCCCUUCUUGGGGACAUGCCAGUGAGCAAAUGAGAGAUUUGUGGUUUACUGAAUUUAAGAAAAAUUGUAUGUGGGAACCUCAACACAAUGCAAGAAUUCGUCAAAUUUUUGAGAUUAAAGGGAGUGCUCGAUUAAGAGGGUUGAUGACUCAGGAGAGACUCAAUUAUUCAAAAGACCCUAACCAUGUACCAAAAUAUAUUCCUGAACCCGUUUGGCGUCAACUAUUACAUUAUUUUGCUACAGAUUCAAAAUUUAAGAACUGGUCAGCAGCAAAUACUGUGAAUCGAGCAUCAAAUGCUGGAAGUUCCAUGCAUACUGGUGGUUCCAUAUCUAUGGGUGAACAUGCACGCAGAAUGGGUGAAUUCAAAAAGCGAAAGACAGAACUUUCUCAAGUAGCUUUAUCCUUGGAUAAUGAGGGAGAUGUUGAGGCAACUAAGGAAGGCCUAGAUAUACCAGAUGAUUAUACUGUUUGGAACGAAGUUGUGACAAAGGAAAAAAAGAAAGCUGCUUUUGGUUUAGGUUCUUUUGGUUUAGAUCUCUCUUCAAAGUUAGAUUCCAGAAAUUGUUCAGAGAUAUCCAAAGAUAAUCUAAAUAUUGAGCAAGAACUUCACAUGUGGAAAGAAAAGGCAAAGGAGCAAGAAAUGAUCAAUGAAGAGCAAAAGGUUAAGUUGAAAGAUGCUGAGCACAAGUUAAAAGAUCAAGGACGUCAACUAAAAGUUCAACAGAAAAGAAUUGGUUCUACUGAAAAGACAAUUCAUGCUUUGUAUAAAAAGUUGAAUCUGCCACUUCCUUCAACAUUGUCUGAUCCUACGGAAGAUGAGCUUGGGACAGGCUCUAGUGAUGAGAACAUGAGUGAUUGA